AUGGCACCACAAGGCGACAUUCCCGUCGCAGCUGACAUUUUGGGCACAAUAGGCACGAUCCUUUGGUGUAUACAGCUUGCGCCGCAAAUAUGGUACAAUUGGAAGCAGAAGAAGACGGACGGCUUUCCUGCAGCGAUGAUGGUCCUGUGGGCGGUGGCAGCAGUACCCUUCGGCGUGUAUGCUAUCGUGCAACGAUUCACAGUAGCACUUCAAGUCCAGCCCCAGAUCUUUGGCUCCUUGAGCUUGGUAGCUUGGGGCCAGAUACUGUACUACAAUAAUGGAUGGAAGGCCUGGUCUGCAACUGCUCUCACAUUCGGCACUGCAAUCGCAUUUGGCGGUAUCGAAAUGCUUUUGGUCUUUACUUUGCGACCUGUAUAUGCUCGUGGUGUCAAUGCUCCGAUUCUUGUGGUCGGUAUACUCGCUGCGGUAAUUCUUAUAAUUGGAAUCACGCCACCAUAUCCUGAAAUGUGGAAACGGAAAGGCCGAGUGAUUGGCAUAAAUUUCAUAUUCCUUAGCAUUGACUUUGCCGGAUCCAUCUUCUCGCUUAUGGCUCUUGUUGCCCAACAGACCUUUGACUACCUUGGCGGCAUUCUUUAUAUUGGUGUCGCCAUCUUGGAAGGCGGCAUCUUUCUAUCGCAUAUCAUCUGGCGUAUUAAAACCAAAGAGCUCCGCCGGCUCGCUAAACAACGUGGGGUAGAUAUAUACGACCUUCCUGAGGCUGAACGCUGGUAUCCCAGGGUCUCGCGCAAAGCUGCUAGGGCUGCAGCCCAGGAUCUAGAGAAUGCGCAAGCGACUACAGACACGGCAGCGUUGCCAGUCAAAGCCAGUGACGUUGGUAAUGAGCCAGAGAAGGGAAGUGCUGUUUCAGCUUUGAGAAGCGAGCCAAAGCCUCAAGCCGCCAUGUCGGAGACCACAAUGACUUCAUCCGAGGACGAAAAGCAUGCGGAGGUCGAGAGCGAGCAGUUGUCCGAAAAAGUUGCCGAGAGUUCGUCGGAUAGUCCAACCAUCAGACAAACAGCGGACGCGACUAGCCACAACGAUGCUCAAGGCGAAGCGCACCGGAACUUGGACGAGACUGCUUCGCAAAGUUCUGCUGGGUUUCGAACCCCACCGGAGACUGGAAGAUCGUCUGCGCUAAGCGACAUAGCAAGUAGGGAAACUGGCAAGCCAUCGUAG